AAAGAGGGGCAGAGAAAGAACUAGUUAUCUUUACUCUCGACUCUGCCCAACAAAGAGAUAAAGAGAAAUAAUGUUAGCAGCGACCGCAUCAACCACGGCAUCCAAGCUUUACUGCUCGAGCUCCGACCACUGGCGGCUAAGGACACCAAACAAGGCCAUGGCUUCCACAAAGCUAGCCCCACUUCCACUGCCAUUUUCUCGGCACUCAUUUGAGACCACGCCCAAAGGCUCCUCCUUCGUCAGAGCUCUAAAAGAAGAGAAAGAUACCAAUGACAGCGCUUUCGCCUCUAAGGAGGAUUUGGCUUAUUUGGGGAGAUUGGCAACUGGGUCUAUCGUAGGUGCUGGUGUAAUCAAGUAUGGAAGCGUAGUUUUCCCAGAUAUAACCAGACCCAACCUCACGGAGGCUCUAUUCAUCAUACUUUCUCCUGUUAUUAUAGCUGUUUUGCUUCUAAUCAAUCAAAGUCGCAAAGAAGAACCAAGCUAGAAACUUUUUUCUUUUAAACUCUCUUACGAACUCAUUCUGUAAUGGAUAUUGGAGUAAAAAUAAAAAACUUGCCUCGUGUAUUAUGUCU